AUGAGUCUCAAAUUACUUCCUCAUGCCAAGAUUGUCACUUGGAAUUUUGUAAACAAGUCUAUUCAGACCCAAAUUGUCUACAACACUGCAGAAUUAAAUUCCACACCCUACAUUCAACUUCCUGAUCGACUCUACCAUUGUAUUCUACAUCUCCUUCCUACUCAGCACCCCUUGGAGGUAGUGUCCCACACCAAGCAUAAACACCAGGCUGAGGCUGAGAAGGGUGAUGAGGCUGGGGCUGAGGCUGGCAGUAGUGAGGCUGGUGGUGAAGUGGGAAAGGUGGUGAUGGACCCUGGUUGUACUUGCUGUGCCUGGGCCAAGGCUGUCUGUAAGUUUCUCAUGGAUGGCAACAAGAAAUGGGUUGCCUGCAUCCAGUGCAACCUGUCAAAAGGCAAGUGCUGGUGGCCUGGGGAUGGGAAAGAUGUCAGGUACUCAGGCUUGGAAGACAAGCUCAAGCACCUGAUCAAAGCCAUGGGGCUGAUCACCAACAACCUGGCCAGCCUCUUCAAUGUUCAAGAAAAUGUGGUUGCAAACUCAGGCUGGAUCACCAAUGCCCUGGAGACAAUCAUUGACAAAUCGUAUGGGUAUGGGUUGCUGGCCACCCCCUCAGACUUGGGUCUGUCUGAGCUCAAUGCCAACAAGUUGCAUGAGGAGGUGGAGUGA